AUGGAAGGGUGUUUGGUUUUGGUUGUUUUACUGCAAUCCCUUUCCAUGGGAGCUCAGGCUGUGGCAUCCAAUAGUAGCUCUGCUGAUGAGGCUGCUCUAUUGGCAUUGAAAGGAGCAAUCACAUCCGACCCCUUUCUCAUCUUGUCCAAAAACUGGUCUCUCCAAACUCCACACUGUGAUUGGAUUGGCGUUACUUGCAACGCUAAGCACCAAAGAGUGACCCAAUUGAAUCUCUUCAAUAUGGGUCUCAACGGCACCAUUCCUGAGGCGAUUGGUGGCCUCUCAUUCCUUUCAACUUUCAACAUCAGCAGAAAUAGUUUCCAUGGCCAUGUCCCAGACAGCAUUGGAUUCUUGACCAAACUCCAGACUUUGGAUAUGUCCUACAACCAUCUCUCUGGAAAGAUUCCUGCAACUUUGUACAACGUUUCUUCCUUGCUUUUAAUAGACUUGGCAUACAAUCAUCUCUCAGGGACGCUCCCAGGGGGCAUUUGUGAUAACUUCAGGCUGCUACAAGGCUUGCAUCUUUCAGCCAAUCGAUUGAGUGGAGAUUUGCCUUGGACAAUCUUCAAUAUUUCAUCUUUAAUAAAGCUUAACCUUCAGAUGAAUGAACUCUCUGGAAUUCUUCCAAAUGACCCUUGUUAUCUCCUUCCACAAUUGGAGAUUCUGGCUAUUGGCGCAAACAAUAUGCAUGGAGAAAUCCCUCAAGCUCUAUCCACUUGCAGGAAACUUCAAGUACUUACCAUGUCUAAAAAUGAACUCUCUGGAAGAUUACCUAGCGACAUCAGUAACAUGUCAUCUCUUCAGGAACUUUAUCUUGCAGGAAUGAAUUUGACAGGAUACUUGCCAAAAGAGAUUGGAAAAUUGUCAAAUCUUCGAGAGCUUAUACUUUUUAGAAACCGCUUGACGGGUACAAUACCCCCUUCAAUUGGCAAUAUAUCGACUUUGGAGGAUUUUUUUGUUAGUGAAAACAAUUUGGAUGGUAAUAUUCCUCCAGAGCUAGGAAGGCUAUCAAGUCUUAAAGGAUUAUCACUUAGUUCAAAUAAUUUUAGUGGUGAAGUACCAUCCACCAUUUUCAACAUCUCCGGAUUACAAACGAUUGAGUUGUCAACAAAUAAGCUUGUUGGCAAUCUUGAAGCAGGCCUAAGACACUGGAUUUCCCCAAGUCUUGAAGAACUUCGUCUCAGCGAGAACAAAUUCAGUGGAACCAUUCCUAGCACUAUAUCAAAUGCCUCCCAACUCAUAGUGCUUGAUAUUGGGCAUAACAUGUUCAGUGGCCAUGUACCUUUGGUGGUUGAAAAUCUACAACUUCUUCAAUAUUUUAUCUUAGAAGAAAACCAUAUCACAAAUGACCCAUCGACCAAUGAACUGAGCCUACUUACUUCAUUGUCGAAAUGCAAGAAUUUGAAAAUGGUUGUUUUGGCUGACAAUCCAUUCAGCACAGUUCUUCCCAACUCGUUAGAUGUUGGCAAUAAGUCGUCGUCAUUGAAAAUCUUGUAUGCAGAUAAUUGUCAUUUUAAAGGCAGCAUACCUAGUGGAAUCAGCAACUUAUUCAACAACUUGAUUUCUUUGGACUUGUCCCUAAACAACCUCUCAGGUUCGCUUCCUGGAACAUUGGGUGAGGAUGUCUUGGAGCUGGACUUGUCGUCCAAUUUUCUUAGUGGUUCUCUGUCUCCUGAAAUUGGAAGUAUGCAUAACAUGGACCAGUUAUAUCUGUCAGGUAACCAAUUUUCUGGAGAAAUUCCUUCCACCAUUGGGCAACUUCAGAAUUUGCUUAUUCUAUCUCUAUCAUCAAAUAGGCUUCAAGGUCCUAUUCCUCAGUCAUUUGAUAGUCUCAUAAGCUUGCAAGCAUUAGAUUUAUCUAAUAAUAGCCUCUCUGGUGGUAUUCCAAAGUCGAUGGAGAAGCUCAAAUAUCUAGUGUAUCUGAAUCUGUCUUUCAAUUCCAAAUGGUGGACCUUUUGCAAAUCUUAG